AUGGUUGAAAAGAACCGGCUCCUUGAAGCGGAUAAUGCCGGCCUCAACGAAGACAAUGUCCGUUUUAUUUCAAGGCUUGGUGAACUCGAGGCCACUAUUUUCCAACUUCGAAGCGAACUCGAUUCGGUCAAGGCCGAUGCCGUGAAGAUGGCAAAAAGGCAUCGGCAUCUUGAAUCCGAGAGUGCUAAAGACAAGGAGAAGUUGAGGGUGAUCGAACAGAAAAUCGAGGAUCGAGCCCGAAUUAGUGACGAGCUCAAGAGCAAGUUCGAGGAGGCAGCCGAGGCCAAUGACGUGCUUCAGGCCGAGCUUGAGUCGGCUAACCAAAUUCAGAUAGUUCUUCUCGGAGAGCGGUCCGAACUAGCGGCUAAAUUAGAAAAAGCCGAGGCCAAUUUAGAAGAGUCUCUUAAGGACAUGGAGGCUGCCGAGGCUCGUACUACGAUUUUGGUCGAGUAUGAACGGUGGAAGUCCCGGAGGGCUACCCUUGAACAGGCCCAAAAAGGAUUAGGGGACCUCCAGGCUCGGAUAAACGAAGCCAAAGCAAUCGAGGAGGAGGCUAAAAAAGCUCUUCAUGCUGAGUCUGCGGUUUCCGAGCGAACGGUUUCCGAGAACUCCGAUUCCAACCGUACCGGGUAG